CCUAAGAUUGCUUAAAUACAGCGGCGCAGUCCUCAGGAUGGACUUCAUCUCUAUUUCCUACACACAAUACAUCCUACUGAAUCAUUGACACUUGCAACUCAUCCGCUGUCUUCGCCCCUCUGCUUCUAUACAAGCUUGACUUCAACCACAACUACCUACCACCAUCAUACCUACUAUCAACACCUUAGUCACCUAUCAACCUCCUCAUUCAAUCAUGCCUGGCUUUUGGACCUGCUGCACCUGCCUUCACGGCCUUCACCAGAUCGAUCUUCACAGAGAGUGCCUGCAGUGCGGCGAGCCACGCUGCCCCAGCUGCCCUGUCGACAACCGCGACGCCGAUAUGUCGUUGCACAGCUGCCACGAGAUGUCGCCGUACCCUUCUACUCCAGCACACUCAGUCUGCGCACACUCGCUAGACGCCCCCAGACACGUGCCGUCGAUGAUGGACUGCCAAAACCCGAUCUCCCAGCCACUAUCAGUCUUCGGUGACGUACGGCGACCCCGUCUGCAGGACCUUGCCGGCCAGCGACUUCCAGAGGAUCGGGCGCAGACGCGGGGGAACCUGUACUUCUGCUGCCAGUGUGGCGAUGGGCCAAAACUGUAUCAGAACCAGCCCCGUUGUGUGAUGUGCCAGCACGUCGCCUGCUCCAAUUGCACGCCGGUGAAAUGAUCUACGACUACGUUUUGAUGUUGAAGGUAAGGCCGACCAGGAACAAGCUCGGUGGUCAGAGGGCUAAUCAUCUCAUUUGCGCGC